GUUUAACGCUAAAUCAGUUCAGGUCCAGGGUUUGUCAAUAUAUAUAUAUAUAUAUAUUUUUUUUUCUAGUGAAGCAUCAGGGGUUUGUCAAUAACGUCCAAUGGGCCUUCAGCGAGGCACAGGUCAUAUUCAGUGAAAAUGAAGUGAGCUGUCUGAGAACAUCUGACUUGGCGGACAGCUGACCUUUAUCGGAUCAACACAUUGAACAAUGGCACUGAUUCUUUCAGAAGGAACAGAGUCUCUAAGCAGCUCCUUUUGCUGCACUCUUCAUUUGCUCUUGCAGCUGCAGGAAGUUGAGCAACUCAGCCCACAAGUGUGCCACAGAAAUAUACCCAGAACAAGAUAAGGACCAGACACUACUGAGGCCAGUUACUAGCUCUUCUUUUGGAUCCAGAGAGCGUGAAACAUCUGUCAGAAGAGCAACAGAGUAAAGCUGAAGUUAGAAGGUCUCCUUCACCUCCCUGGAUUACAUAUUUAUUCCAGCUUUUACAAUGAUGGUAGGAAAAUACAGCCCGCCAUUACAAGCAAAAAUAAAUAAAAAUUUUUGCUGAAAAAGUUAGCAACCAGCUUUCAGUUCCUACUGUAAUGAAUACACUGUGUGACAUUCAGCAUGAGUUUGCAUACUGGAAAUACUGUACGCCAGUUUCCUGAAUCAGACACAGAUAGCAGCGCAACUGAAGGUGCAGAAUCAUCCAAUGGAACGGCGGCACAAAGUCAUAGUCAGUUAUCUGUAAAGCCGGUUGGCUCUGCAGCUGCUAGAUUCAAAAUCCGCUCUGCUAAAACACUUACUACCAAGGACCUCAGGACAAAAAACAUUUUUUUCGAGGGUGGAAAAGUUGAAGGCUCGAGCCAGAAAAGUGAUCCUAGUAAGGACCUCAAUAAAGCCUGUACUUCUUCUGCUAGUUAUACCCACACUAACACAGAUGACAAAGAGACAGGUCAAAUUUUAAGUAAGGACACACGCAAGGACUCAACUCUUCCCAACAGUUCUGAGAAGGGUGAUGUGAGCGCUAAGAAAUUAAACACUCAAGAAGACAAGAGUCAGGCAGCAAGUGACAGGAGCAGAGGAGAUGAGUUGAAGAGACUUUAUCAGACAAACAAAAGCAAAAGCUUAGACUGGAGAGCAGGACAUGGCAACAGACCUGGGAUGACUAGUGGAACCAGAGAAUUUGACAAUUUUAGGAGGCGAUCUGAUUUAGAGAGUUUAGAGAGAACAGGCACAAAUGACAAGAUAACUUCAUACACGCAAGAGAAUCAACCCAGUGGUGUUUCAUGGAGGAUUCAAGCUUUCAGUGCAGCCAAUCAAGGUGAUCAGAACAGUGACAGAAAGGUUUACCCAAUCUCUGGAUCUACAUCUGUGAGAAUGAAACGGGUAAAUUUUGCUCUGGUACGGGCAAACAGUGGCCAGUCACUCCCAUCCAGAAUGAAACCAAGAUUUAGCCAAGGUUCUAUUGCAGAAGAUAGCAGUCUCUGGCAAGGUGAAUCAAGUCUUGAUCAGACGGACAAUAGAAAGGGAUCCUGGGCCAGAGAGCAAGGAUCUUCCAAUGCUGAGGAAGUAACUGGAAAUCAAACAAUAAAGGAAAGAAUUGCAAAACUGUUAGGGACGGAUGCCGACUCUGACCCACACUCAAAGGAUUCAACCAGAUUAAAACGCAGCAAUACUGUAAAUUCUGAUAAAUCAUUUCCCAAAUCUAUGGACAUGGUGGACUCUACUCCAAGUCACAGGAAUACUGACUAUGUGUUUGGAACUUCUUUAGAUUAUACUGACAGCCAACAGGGGAAACCUUCUUACGAUACAGAAAAAGCUGGAACAUUCCCUAGAGGGUUUUCAAAAACAUACUUUGAUCCGAAGCACGAACCCUCUGCCAACAGGGAGAACAGAAAUGAUCAAAGGGACAAUUCCUCUGGAUUAAGUUUUUCAGUGUCAUCAAAACCUAAAUGGAGUAAAGAAACGUCUUCUGUCAAAAAACCUCAGGCACUUCUGCCUGAUGACAAUGAAGAGACAAGCAGAACGUGGUUUACAGGGUCUUCAAAGCAUUGUAGUCAGUCCUUAGAAAGGACCAAAAGUAGACUGUCAACAACUGCUCAAUACAAUGCUCACAGGAACCAGCCUGACAGUUCAAGCAUCUCCAGCCAGGGUGUCAAACACCUGUUAACCACUUCUGGAGAAAUCAAGGAGGAAAUUGGCAAUGACAAACAAUCAGAUAAAGAGAUUACAAAAAGGCUGGACAUAAAUGAAAACAAGUAUCUUAGUGGUUUGCAAGAUGGAAUCACCCAAACUAAACACCCACUAGCCUCAAAAGGAGCAGCACACAAUGAAAUCCAUAAAGAGGAAGAGAAUGACAAUGUAUUCACAGGUAAAACUAAAGGAAGGAGAGGAGAAAAUGUGCUAGAAAAGUCACGUUUAUCGUCCUCGGAUUCUGUGAAGAAUACAAUCAGCAUGUUUGAAUCUUUGACUCAACAAAGCAAAAGCACACCAGAGGUUCUUCGCACCAGGAGGACCUUUUCUGUACCAGAGCAUCCCAAGCCUGCAGCUCUAGUGAAGAAGAGUGAUUCAGACAAAAAUCUACAUUUUGGCAGUGUUGUAGGGGACACAGAAAGCAUAAGAACAAAUUUCUUUAGCAAAAGCAAUUCUAAUGAGGAGACUGAACGCACUCUAGACCUAGGUAGAACUCCUCAUUCAAAUUCCACAGUCAAAGUAAGACCAACAUUAGAACAACACCAAGAGACACACAAUAAGAGUGUUGAGCUUGCUCCAGCAUUAAAACAAAUGAAUGAAUCAAGAACUGACCACGGUAUCAACAUGAGGGAUGAAGAUGAAAGGAGGACUGUGAAUAAAAACCAUACGGAUGAACCAGAUUCUGCCAUCACUGCCCACUCAAGGCUCAGAGACAUAGGGGCAAUGGAAGAAAAAGCAAGAAUCCCAUCAAUCUCUAAACAGUCAAAGGUCAAAAGUUUAUCAAAGCAAAAGUCAACUAAUGAAAUAGUUGAUGAUGAUGUUGAAGAUGAAAACACACCAACUAACUCACCUGAUACAGCCCCUCUCACAGUUAACAUUCAAAACCAGAUUAGCCCUGGAGCUGUAACAAUCAAUGGUACCCAUCCCAAAAUGCUGCCCGAUCAUUUUCAAACUUCUCCCCCUAUAACAAUAUAUUCCUCAUUCAAUAAUUCUAAUAAUAACAACUAUGAAACAAGGACGGAUUUGACCACAAUGACUACUAGCAUGGCUAGGUGGAGCUCUGAUGAAGAAGAAGAUGAUGAUGAGGAAACAGACACUGAAGAAGACUCUGACUCAGGAGAGUCUUCUGUGACCAUCACAAGCAACAUGAGCCAAUCAGAACGCAGAAGUUUCUCUCUAAGUUUUGUGGAACUAUGUAAUUAUGGUGGAGUGGACUAUAAACCAUCAGAUGAAUGGUUGUCAGAGGAUGAUGAAGAAUUGCCAUCCAGACGCUCUGCGUCCUUGAGCUCAGACAUCUCUGCCUUCUCUUCUGUGUCUCUACUGAGCACUGAUGAACUGGAUCGCUUACUGGAUGAUGUCAGAGGCCUGGGAGAUGACACCCUGCAGAAAUAUGAAGAUGUGCAAGUGGUUGUGUUACACAAGGAGGUGGGGAGUGGCUUAGGAUUUACCUUGGCAGGUGGAGUGGAUCAGAAUAAACCAGUCACGGUCCACAGAGUUAUAGCAGGUGGAGUAGCCGCACAGGAAGGCUCCGUCUUCGAGGGUGCUCAGGUGCUGUCGAUCAAUGGCACUGCCCUGCAGAAUUCCGCCCACUGGGAGGCUCUGCGUACAUUGAGAAAAGCGAGGGGGCAGGGCAUGGCGGUGGUUGUUCUUCAGAGCGUUAACAGCAGAAAGGAGUCCACUGAAAGUCCAGGAAUCACAGGCAGCAGAGUCCGUGUGAUUCUGAACAAGUCCAGCUCUGAUCUUGGCUUCAGUCUGGAAGGAGGGGUGGGAUCCAGCUCAGGAGACAAACCCCUCACUGUACAAAAAAUAUUCCGUGGUGGACCAGUCAAUGAAGUGUUUCCUGGAGAUGAGUUGUUGGAGGUGCAGGGUCAGAGUUUGGUGGGUAUGAUGCGUCUAGAGGCUUGGAACCUCAUCAAGAAACUGCCCCCUGGUCCAGUGGAGGUCUUACUACACCGUCCUCAGCAGUCACGUUGAAGACCUCUACUUUCCUUCUUGCACCACAAUUCUCAAAGCAGUUCAGUCAUAAUUUAAACACUGUUUUUUCUAUAAGGAUUUUUGCUGUUACAGGUUCUAUGAAGUUAUAUGCUUCCAAAUGUUCAGCUCUGCAAUUAGGAAGUAUCAUUAAACAUAGUGUUUUGAAGUGUUUUUUUUUUCUUCACUGAUAUUAGAUAACUAUGAAUUAAUACUGUCAAAAUUAAGGGCAUAAAAGCACUGGAGGCCAAGAGGUCAUAUCACUUAUUUUAAAUAAUGUUUAAGCUCUCACAUUAUGUAACUAUUAAUGUAAUAUUGUACUGUAAUAUUCAGUCUAUAUCAGAAGCCAUUACAUAUUUUUUUAGUUUUUUAAUGCUACUAUGUAUAUGUGUAUAUGUUGUCUGUACAGCACAAAUCCGUCCCAAUUAAAAAUAAUAAUUCAUAUUAAAGACAAAUCAACUACAUUUCUUUCACAUGGGAUAUUUCUAACAUUUACAUUAUUUUUGUUUUAUUUUUUUAAUAACAGAAAAAUAACAGAAAAUCUAUAAAAAAAAAAAAUAAAACAUAAUUUAACUGUCAAUCAGAAGAUGCAUCUUUUACAGAAAACUAAUUUGAAUGAAAAUGAAUUGCUUUGCUUACAGAGAUCUUUCAGUAUUACUCCAGCUCACAGGUUCCAUCCAUACCCUUUCAUGCCCUUUAAAUACAUAAA